CUAGCCUGGCUCCGAUCUCUUAUUAAUGGAGCUGUUCCAAGGCUGGAUCACGGCACAUCUACGCACUCUCUGCUCUGCUGCUCUCUGCUCUGACACAGGAACACAGGGGAAAGACAUCAACAACAAGGACGGCAGCAGCGUGGGGAGAGAUAAACAGUGGCCAUGAACAGACGACAAAGAAACACAGGCAGGCAUGAUGAGGACUCAACAGAGGACAUGGCAGCAGCAAUUAAAAACAAGGAUCCACAUCCUGAGAUCCAACCACCGGAUUCACCUUCUCCAUCAUCAUCUUCUCCCCCUCUUCCUCCUUUAGCCAUGCCACCUUCUACAUCUGCCUCUGCUCUCCUGGCCCUGGCCUCUCCAGCCACCAGGCGCUCCAUUUCCAUGGGAGAUUUCCGGAGGGUGACUCUGCUGAACGGUUCUGAGCCCCCGUCCACCUCUGCCACGGCCCCCUCAUCCAAGCUGGUCACCCCUAGCUCCAGCAUGGAGUUUGAGGCAGCUCGGCGGCGCCUGUUGGAGGUCGAGGAGCGUCAACGCGUCAUCAGAGAGAUGGAGCGACGGCUGGAGGAGCUCAGGGAGAUGUUUGUGCGCUCGGAGGAGGAGGUUGUGAUUCACGGGGAGGUGGUGUCGCGCAUAUCCACUGCAGCCCAGCAGGGGGAGCUGUACGUGGUAGAGAACAGCCAACGGCUAAAGAAAGGCCUGAGGUUCAAGAAACAUCGACCCACAAUCGUUUUCGCCUCCAUGCUGGGACUCCGCACGUGCCUCCCCUGGCCUGUGAAGCUCAAAUAGGACAAUAGAGACUUGCUUUUCCACCAUCGCUUUAGAAUUGUGCUUUACAUAAAUGGGGGAUAGACCUCCAAUCUUUAGCUAUCUUUAAUAGACACGGCUGCUCUCCAGUUUCCACCUCUCUGCUCUUGUAUCCUGAGGCUGGUCCUCCAGGUCUUUAGAGUGCCUAAAAUAAUCACAAAUGCUUGUAAGGAGCACCAUGUUUUUCAAAGAUGCUUUGCUUUGUGCAGUUCAAUGUGUUGUUGCUCUUGCAUAGGAAAGAUUGUGUGUUGAUGCAGAGUCCAUGGUGCAUGGAUGAGUCAUUUUUCAGGUGAUGCGGAGGAAAAGGUUAAGAAUCGCCUGUGAGGUAACAAGAGCUCUUCUGUAUGUCUCUUAACUUAUGCAGCAAUGAAUGAAACUCCAAACAGGAUUACACUACUGUUAUGUAAUGUUAACCUUAUCAGAAGAGGGGGGUAAGAGGGAAAGAAAAGAGACAGCAGAAAGCUCUGAACAAUCCGCCUCUCCAGCAUGUAAAGAGAAAGGGUAGGGCAGUGGAAGAGAAUCGAAGGUGAUGCUUUCAUAUGGAUUGCUGCACUGUUACAUAAAACCAAGGAUGCAGCGAAGUGACAGGAAAUGAGAAAGUGUGGAAUUCAGAUGGCUGAGACCUACACAGAAUAUGUGCCUUGGCUUCUCCGUGACCACUCAUCCAUUACCACAACCCUUGUUUUUGGCAGCAUUAUCGAGGGAAAGCAAGAAACACAAGCUAGUUCAAGCUGGGACGAUUCCACCUGUCGCCUCUUUUAUCCGGUCACCUAGCAACCACUCAUCUCUCCAUCUUAAAUCCGCCUCUACAAAAAAUGCAGAAUGUAUCAGCGGAGCACUGUAACUACAACAAUAUAAGGCAGCUUUAGAGGGCAGCGGAGCGAUUUAGGAAAUAAUAUUUUUUGCUGCAACCUUCUCAUUUAUUCCAUGAUAAGGGUUAAAGAUAAGCCAUGCAUGUACGUAUUAGAGAGGAAAGCCAAGAUAGGCCAUCACUGUUUGCUGGUUGUAUCUAUGGAAUUGUUAAUUUGUGUAGUAAAGUGAUAUAGUUUGCACAAUAACAGCUUCACUAGUAUGAUAAUCAGCAUUUUUUGUGGCGUAUAGUGAAGUUAGACAGUAUUGUCCUCAUUCAGGGUUUGAAUGUAAAGUGUGUUUGGUUUAUUUGAUGUGUCAAUCAGUCAUUGUAGAUGUGUGAUCCUUCACCUGUGCAGCAGUGUCUUUGUCCCAUAUGCAGUUUGACCUACAUUCUACUAUAGAUCCUACUCUUUUUUUUUUUUGGCCUAAAUCUUCAAAUGUGUUCUCUCUUCGGAUUAGCAGUGACUAAGUAUUGUUAUCUAAGUAUCUGUUGUAUUCGGCUACUCCACCAAUCCCUUGCACAGCCAAUACUCCAGGGAUAUCUAUUUUUGGAAUUUGAAGGUUAUGGCAGAAAGGCAGUAAUUCAAUCUCAGCAUAUAAUUUAUUGAGGGGAAAAAGCAUUUUAGGAAUGUAAGUGCAAGUUGGUAUCCUUCUAUAACUGCUGUUUUUUCAAAGAAUGAAAAGGGAUCUUUGCAAACGCAGAAUCCCUGUUGGUGCUUUGUUUGUCCUCCUAUCAUAAAUGACCUCACCGAAGAACAAAGAAAGGCUGUUUACGAGAGAGGCACAUGGUUUGACUGCAUAAUUGCUUAGGUUUCAUUAAAGUCAUCAGGUGCACUUAGAUAUUCUAGUCUUAAUUGCUCCCUAGUUGCAAGGACACGCAUGAUUGGGACAUGUUACUGCAGCAUCACUUGAGAUGCAUUGGAAAUGGCUUUGUCUUUGUCAAUGGUGGAAGGAAAAGACCUUGAUAUAUUGCUCUGAGAACAUGUUGCCUGUAUCGUAGACCAUGCAGGCAAAUUGAGAGGAGAACAAGCUUUGCAUGUGAAACUAGAGUUUAAUGUAGGAUGCUGUCAGACCAAGAGAAUUAAUUUACAGAUAACUUUAGUUAUUUUUUAUUAAUUCAUUAUAUUGUUGUUUUUUAUUUUCAAAUAUUGAUUAUACAGUAAGGGCUUAAAAUGUUCUUUUGUCCAAGUUAGUUGGCAGCUAAGUUGAAGUGGCACUUUGAAAAAUGAAAUUGUAAUCAGUAGGGCACAUCUUGAAAAAAAUCUUAGCUUGGGUUUUUUUUUUAAUUAAUUUUGUUAUCUUAUUUGAAUCAGACCUCCAAACCUUGAUACAGAAUCAAGGCUUGGAGGUCUAAAGAAAGGAGCAUUUCUGGAUCCUACAUUUAGGGCUGCAUAUAUCCAAUCCUACAUCCAUUUGAGGGUGCAACAGUUCCUCUCUGACUCAAAAUCUGUCCCUCUGGAAUCACUGACUCAAAAGAAGUGCAGUGCUAUAUUACUGGACUAAACCUUUAAGCAAAGAAAACGUUACAUAUUAAAGGUUUCUGUUGAUGUUUUCAGCUUUCAGACUUCUGACAGCCAUGAUGAUCUUAUCUUUGAAUGUUGACACACUAUUUAAGCAUUCCGGACAACCAUGGGGAGAAGUACUGCUUGCCAUCUUUGUGCACAUCUAUACCAAACUAUAUUCAGCCAGGGCAGUUGCCUGCAGAGACCUUGUGCAGAAGAAAAGGGUCUAAUAGGCCUUAAACAUGUAUUCAUGGUCCUAUGUAAAUAGCUUAUUAUUGAAUAUACAGCUGGCCUAUAUAUUUCUUUUUAAAAGCCUUAUGCGAUGUUGUGCAUUGGCAGUGAUAAUACUGGAGACGAUGGCGAUGGUAAACAGCCAAACUCAUGACCAUCACAGACCUCAACACCUGGACAGAAUAAAAAAACAACUCGUACACUGUUGUGCGACGGGACCUUUUGUGUUUUUCUAUUAAUGAAAAAGAACAUUACGUCUCCCAAAGAUCUCUGGGCCCACUUGCAGAAUGAAUGUAAUUGUAACUGAAGUGUAUUUUUUCCUUAACACUGAAUAUACAGUAUAAUCACAUAGAUCUAUCUUUGUUGAACCUGUGGUUGGCAAUAAAUCUUCUUGUAUUCAUUUUGGGCCGUGGAAAAGACUUUUGAUACAUGAGAUUUUAACCCAAAUAAACUGGAAACAGCGACCAACUACAAUUACAGCUCUCAGCCCUUUACCGACACGUGUUGGCCAAGCACAGGUCCAAUAAGACUUAAACUGAUGCUUAUUUAUUUAUCAAUCAUUUUGUUCAUUUUUUGUGUUCAUUUAAGUGGUUUGUUUUUACGCUGUAGUGAAAUAAGCUAAAAACUUUAUUUUCCUCAGAUGUGGUGUUUAUUUCCUUUAUUUACACCUAAUUAUUAUAAUAUAUAUUUUUGAUUGACAGAUGUAUAUUCUAAUUUAUGAAUGUUAAGUACAAUUUUACUUGCGUGCAAAUGUUUGGAGUCAAUUUGAUUUGCAACAGCUAUUACCCUAAUUGCAAAGCUUUCCUUCCAUAAUUUAUGACAGAUUCACGGUUUUAAAACCCCAUCACAGGAAGGAAAAUCGACUUUUUAAAUGUAAUUUAAAACACAGCUGUUUUGGAAGUCAGUUGACCCCAAACAUUUGUUAUGUACUGGCACUGCUUCUUAAAAGGCUUUUGCUUUCUGCUGCACAGUGAAAGAGUGAAUGUUCUGCUAUGUUUAAUGCUUAAACUUGCUGCCACUUGAGUUUAUUUACUUGAGCACAGAGCUACAAUCUACACCACCAGUAAUUAUGAAAUGAUAGAUUUCAUUAUGACUAUUAUCAGGUUUUGUAAAA